CAAAGUGCGCCUGUGAGCUGCAGGCUCAAGUGUAAUUUAACAGAGUUAACAAACAACAGAAACCCGUAUAUAUCUCGGCGGAGGCACAGGCUGCAGCCUCGGCCGCCGCCUCAGGCAAUCAGCAUCCACCGCCGGCCCUCUCCCGACAGCUCCGGAGGCCUCCCCGGCCGCUCGCAGGCAAGCGGAGGAAGGGAAGAGCCGCAGCAGCUCCUGCCCUGGGGCUGGAUCGGCGGCCACGGCCAAGGACAUGAUGGAGCUCCUAGAGGAAGAUCUGACCUGUCCCAUUUGCUGUAGCCUGUUUGACGAUCCUCGCGUCCUGCCCUGUUCACACAAUUUCUGCAGAAAGUGUCUGGAAGGAAUUCUUGAUGGAAAUGUGCGGAAUGUGCUUUGGAGGCCAUCCCCUUUCAAGUGCCCCACAUGCAGAAAGGAGACUCCUGUCACUGGAGUCAACAGCUUGCAGGUCAACUAUUCCCUGAAAGGUAUCGUGGAGAAGUACAACAAAAUCAAAGUAACUCCAAAAAUGCCUGUGUGCAAAGUGCACAGUGGGCAACCCCUUAACAUUUUUUGCAGGACAGACAUGCAGCUGAUCUGUGGAGUUUGUGCCACCCGUGGUGACCACACAAAGCAUGUUUUCUGUUCCAUUGAAGAAGCUUAUUCCCAGGAGAAGCGGGCUUUUGAAACCUUGUUUCAGGGCUUUGAAACUUGGCGUUGUGGAGAUGCCCUCUCACGGCUGGAUACCUUAGAGACCAGCAAGAGGAAAGCUCUGCAGAUGCUGACGAAAGAUUCUGACAAAGUGAAGGAGUUCUUUGAGAAGCUGCAGCACACGCUGGAGCAGAAACGAAAUGAGAUUCUGUCUGACUUUGAGACCAUGAAGCUUGCGGUGAUGCAGGCCUACGAUCCGGAAAUCAAUAAACUGAACACGAUUCUGCAAGAGCAGCGGAUGGCUUUUAACAUUGCAGAGGCCUUCAAAGAUGUGUCCGAGCCCAUUAUAUUUCUGCAACAGAUGCAGGAGUUCAGGGAAAAAAUCAAGGUGCUCAAAGAAACCCCUUUACCUUGUUCCACUGUGGACAUCAGUCCCACAAUGAAGAGCUUUGAUACCAGCCAGUGGAAUGGAAUAAAGCUUGUUGAUGUGGACAAACUUUCCUUGCCUCAGGAAAGCAACAGUUUCAAAUUCAAGAUUCCCUCGGUCUUUUCACGCAGAUUUAUAGUGAACUCUCUUAUUUUCUUGCUCAUUCUUGCUGUCACCAGAAUGUCCUUUGUGGAGUCAGUCAUUGACAAUCUCCAGUGCUGGAAAUCACAGUUCCUUACAAUUUGCUUGUCCUAUUUGGCAGAUACCGUGGAGAUAGCAGAUCAUGCAGUCUUUUACUGGGAACAGAUGACAGAUGGAGCUUCACUGUUAAGAGAAAAGUGUAAAAACUAUACGUUGGUUGUACUGGAUAACGUCGCACAGUUUGUGUGCAAAUAUAAACUGUUGUGAAGUGUCUGCUGAAAUAUAAGAACUAAGAGGGAUCUGGGGAAGAAAACAUGGAACUUCUUAAAUUAAUUGGUCUUUUCAGACUCCCAGUGAAAGCAUUCAAAUACUCAAAAUGAUUCCAAAACAUUCAUAAUGUUCACAUAGUUUGAGCGCUGAAAAAAACCAGAAAAUGAAAUGGAGCUUUGAAAAACA